AUGGUCAACCGAAUCAACUUUGAGGACGAUUUGGCCCACGAAUUUAGUCAGUUUGCACCUUCGUUGGUUUCCAAGUACAGACAUAACCUCAAAGAUGUCAAGGGCGUCGAUAAUGGCGUUUCCUUGGAGGAAAUUCCCCGUUCUAUGAUAUACAAAAUGUUUGUAAACAAGAGCUCAAGGGACAAGAGUGUUUCGCAUUUAAGAGGGAACAGAGUGACCAGUUGCGUGCCGGAGUUGCAGUUCUAUGAAGAUCUGGAACCCCCAGUUUUACCGUUCAAAAGCGAGUAUAGUGAGGAAAGUUACAAUUUAAAACACAAAACUGUCACAAGAGAAGCUCCGAGAGUACUUGGAGGAUUUUCAGACCAUGCCCCUAGGGGUAAGUCCUUGGCUUCCUCAAAGAAUUCCAGCCAGAACAUAAAACAGAGAAGUGUGUCAAUGUUUGAACCAUUGGGGAAUAAGAAACAAGAUCAGAUGGGACUAAUAAAAAAAUUGAAAAGGAACUCGAAGACACUUGAAGGAAAAUCGUCUUCACAAUCUUCUCAGAGGUCUUUAUCAAGUGAAAUAUUCAAAUUGCCAAUCAAAUCCAAAGCCACAUCAACUCAACAACCCCCAAUUCCCGAGUCUCUAAGGUGUAUACCAGCUCCAUGCAUGCUUGAAAAGAAAGAGCAAAGCUUGACAUCAUCACGUUCGAGGUCGACUUCUACUGCUCCAAGCUCGUUACGUUCAAACAGUACAAGGAAUACCAUGCUGAAGAAAUCAACUAAACCGUUACCGUUGCCACCUGUCAUAAAAGAAGACUCUUCUACAGUAUCGUCAACAGAUUCUCUGGACAAGUUGUUUGAUCUCUAUUGUUCCACUACAAAUUCGUCGACUGAGAGUUCAAUAAAACAAAGUCCAACAUUGGAAACCAGAUCAUUUCAUGCCAAAAUUGACUCAGGUUGCUCAGCUCCAAGUACUGAGCCAGGCCUCUCUUAUUGCUGUAGCUCAGCCUUGGAUUCUCAAUUUUCUUUUGAAGAGGAAGAUAAACUGCCAAUUGCAAUAACCACAAUACCUGGUAAGAGCUUACCACAGCUACCAGUGAAGACUUUCUCUCAAAGCGAAGUCAGAGAUUACGAAAACAGUUUUAAGCCAAAAGUUUUAGGAAUUGGUAUUCCACCUCCCUUACCUCGUCAUUUCCGUAGGAGCACUGAGAUAGAAGCAAGAACUGAUCUAGGAAGAAAGCCUUCCCAAGUAAAGCAAGAUGGAUCAGAUACUAAAAUAUUCACAAGAAAACCAAGAACGCUUAAAAAAGAAUUAAAUGAAAUUAUAGAGCUGCCAGAACAUUCAGGUAGCGUCAAUUCCAUCAUUCCGUUCAUAUUAGCUGAUUACGACGAGAAAUCUUCUUUAAGGGUGGUCAACAGGACGACUCCAACGCAGAGUCGAGAUAUAACUCCUAGAGCAGUUGAAUAA